CGAAACUGCGUCUCAGGAUUCCUAGCGAUCUUGAAUCCGUGCAUCGGAGCGGAACAAUAGCCCUCGUACACAAGCGCCGGCGAUUUCUAAAUAUAUCGCUGCAAGGAAUUCGGUGUCGCAUCAGCGUGAAUCGCGCGUGCAUCUUUUUCCUAUCGGCGUUUCGACACGGUGUGCAAUCUCAUCGACGACCUUGAGUAGAUCCCGGUAGGUUUUCGGGCCGGCAAAGUGGAAAGGAUCGAGGAUCGCACCGGGAAGAGGAGCGGAAAUCGGUGCUCGUUACAUCGGAAGCGAUCCCUUUUAGGGAAAGAAAGCAUUCCUGUGCGCUGACGUUUGACGGGGCCACGAUACGUGCGAUCCAGCAGGAACCGCCGCCAGAAAAUCAAUCCGAAACGUCAUGCCGUUGUGUGUAUCAACAUUGGAAAAUCAAUGGUAACCCGUGACGUAGGAGUCCCGCCUCAGAACCGGCCAAUAGGCUCGCGAGCUCGUCCCCACUCGCGGCAACUUUUACACCUACCCACACGACCGUCGGCGUGCUCAUUCCGUAGCAGACUGCUGCACCGACCGGACGCACGCGAUCCCGCGCGACACAUCAAAAACAAUCGUUGAAAAGGCAGCACGAGCUAUCGUAAAACGAGAGAGCUAUCCGUGAAAGCGCACGACGCGUAUGCAGUUUUCCAGUCGUCGCAGCGAUACAACGGAGAGCGCAGUUCCGGACGACCAGCAGUGGCACACGUCAUCGUCCGAUCUCUUGGAGAACCCGAUCGAAACGGAGCCAACGCACCAAACCGAUCGCCGGUCCGAUCCGAAAAGCGUAUCGCGUUGAGAGUCAGAUCCGCGAUCCGAUUGCCGACCGAACAGUUUUGCGUGCGAAACCGGGAAAUUCACUCGUGCGUUUCCGCUGUUAAACGGGACGGAAACGGACAAGCAAAAAGAAUCCGCGGAACGAGCGCAAAGUGCCGGACGAGAUCGACCGUUGGAAGGGUAAACGUGUUCGCUGCCGCACCGAGGAACCGUCCAGUUUGAACUUUCCAGAAAGACGGAGCGAGAAAGACGACGCUCGAGUGUGUAGAGUGCGAGACAAGGAGAGCCCCGUUCGCGAGGAAUAAAGAAAAAGAGUGUGCGCGCUCGCUAGUGCCGGCUGCUAUCGAGAUGGCGUUUAUGAUGCCUGUUGUGAAAAACGAGUGGGACAUUUACAAGACCAACCGUAGUCGACGAUCUUCGGAAUGCUCCAAUCCUCAGGCCUGUCGCAGUAGGAAGGUGGGUGUCGGAAUGCUCAAAAUCCGAAGGUCCCUCGUUGUCUACGUCGCCUGGCUCGGACUUUUUGACGUCGCCGGCUCACCGUUCGGUGCCCCUCACUUCCCGCCACUUCUCGAGGACGUCCUCGAGGGCGUCUCAAAACUCGCUGCAGAGCCCCAGCAAGAGCACCGGCUCGUCCCCGCCGAAAACCGGCAGCUCCAACUCCUUGAACAAGUUCCACAACCGACUGGUCGACAAGCUGAAGAAGUCUCUGAAGAAGGCUGACGACAGCGCGGAAGAUCAGCGAAAUUUGUCGUGAAACAGCCAAGGGGUUUUGGGCCGGCCACCGAUUCCCGGCNCC